AUGGGUGUAUUGUUACAUGAUGGAGCUCAAUCGGAGCUGGUAAAGGAGGAGGUGGAGGAGGAUCAGUCACCACAAACCCAUUCCUUAUACAACCAUCUCUACUCAUUCAAGGAACCAAGGCAUAAUCCUAUAACAGCUGUUCGAAUAUCACCCAAUGGCAAGUAUAUUGCAUUAUCUACUCAAAAAAUAAUCAAGAUUUACAAUUUGCACACUCGAGAACUCAUCACUGAAUUACGGGGCCACGCAAAGGGCAUCUCAGAUAUUCGAUUUUCGCCAAUAAACUCCACAAUUAUAGCAUCGUGUUCCGAUGAUUUAACGAUUCGAAUUUGGUCAUUCAACCCAACAUCUAAUAAACCACCAGUGAACCCUUCAUCUACAUCAAACUUUAAGUUUACUUCUAACUUUUCAACAACGUCGAUGAAAAAUUCCUCAUAUCAAUGUCUCAAAGUGUUAAAAAAACAUACCUUUUACGUGACAACCAUCCAAUUCAAUUCUAAAGGUAAUCUUUUAAUUAGUGGCUCGGCUGAUGAGACUAUCACAAUAUGGGAUAUAAUUUCUGGCAAAAUCCUCACUACGCUUGCGGCACAUUCGGACCCUAUUUCGAGUCUUGCAUUAACACCAGAUGACUCGAUAAUCAUUUCGGCGUCCUAUGAUGGCCUAAUUAGACUAUUUGAUUUGGAGCUGUAUCAAUGUCUCAAGACACUAACAACAAACGCAACUACCCACGGUACAGCAACAGUGUCAUUAUCUAGUAAGGAGUUACAGAAUUACCCUAUUGGAAAUGUUGAAAGUUCUCCGAAUGGGAAAUAUAUUUUGAGCUCUUCGUUAGAUGGAAUGGUUCGUUUAUGGGAUUAUAUGGACAAUAAAGUUGUCAAGACAUUCACUGGACGCAUGUCAAGCCCUGUGUGUGAACGAUAUAACUGUGAACUGAGGUUCGUUACUCAUGGAGAUAAGAGACUUGUCAUUAGUGGGAGUGAUUGCGAUGGUAUUCUUUGUUGGGACAUUAAACUGAAGAAAAUUGUAUGGAGUUUUACUGAAAGCGAUUUUAAUGAUACAAAAGACGAGGCAAGAGAUAACAAGAUUGAUAAUAUAAAGUCUGAAAAAACUGAAAAGGAAGUAUCGGAGAAAGAAACAGAAAAUCACAAACAAGCAGAUGAGAUUUGUGAGAAUCAAGAACAAAAUGGGAAUGGGCAACAAAAGAGUCCCGAAUCGGCAAUAUUGAGUUUGGACAUAUUUGAUGAAGGAAGAUUACUAGUUACUGGUAAUAUGGAUGGAGUAGUUAGCGUCUUUGAAAUGAAGAAACAAGAUGGUCAAAAAAAUGGACAAUGA